AUGAGGGAAGAAGCCUCUAAAAGAGGUCUGGGGUUUCAAUUUGACUGGACGUCACUCACCAUCCAGAAAGACGACCAACAAGCCGCCAAAGAAGACGACUACAGAAGACUAGUCGCCGCUAUUGCACCUACCAUCAGAAGGACCGCCGCUGGGGGAAAUCAGGACCAUCAUGGGAGGAUUCGUCGGCGGGGGCGUGAUCUCAUCCAGUCGGAAGGCGCAUACCAGGCAAGCAAGAUAUUGAGAGUGUAUUCGGCAGAAUAUCGCCCCGCCAAAUAUAGAAGAAGCAAACUGACCCCUGCCAUCUCCUUUGGAGAAGAAGACGAGGAGGGGGUCCUCUAUCUGCACUAUGACGCCCUAGUGGUGACUAUACUGGUCGCCAACUUCACCACUAGGAGGAUCCUUGUCGACAACGGCAGCUUUGCAUAUAUCCUCUUCUGGAAAGCCUUAACCCUAAUGGGGAUAGAUGCUAUCCGACUCCAACCAGCUCCUAUGCCGUUGAAGGGUUUCUCUAAGGACAUGGUCCAGCAGAUCGAAACCAUCACACUAUCUGUCUUGGCGGGUAGCGCCCCCUGUAUGGCUUCUGUCAUGGUCAACUUAUUGGUUUUAAAGGCUCCUUCAUCAUACAAUGUCAUUAUCGGCAAAUCUACCCUCAACAAUUUAAGGGUGGUGACGUCAACCUAUCACUUGAAGAUGAAGUUCCCGACCUCUCGGGGAGUGGGUGAAAUCUGA